UUUAUUCUAUGAGGGUCUGGGGUUUUUCUUUUAAUCGUUUUCUUAAUAUAUGGAAUGACCUAGUUAGUUUUUUAUUAUAUUUCUUCAAUUUUUGUACUUUAAAUGAGAUAAUUAUGUAUUUGUAUCUUGUUAGUAGCAGGUACUAUGUCAGAAAAUUCGGACAAUUUCGGACACUUCAUCAACUUUAUAGAUAUUCCCUCUUCAUUUUUGCUUAAUUUCCAACCACCAACAAACUCAUCCAGUGUUGUUGACACUUCCUCUUUAAAUUUAAAAUCUUCACCUUCUUCUACAAAACAAAAACAAUUUCCAAAUUCACAAACUUCUUUUAUCCAACAAACACCAAAUAAUAUUGAAUGUCAAUGCAACAUUUUAAAUAAAACAGAACAACGAGUAGAUUUGGCCAAAGUUAAAAAUAAUUAUUUCUCUUCAUUUGCUGACCAAUCCUCUUCUAUCAACAAUCAUUCAACAAUUAAUAUUUCCUCUCCUUGUUCCUCAUCUUUUGUAGCAAAUAUCAGCAAUAGUAGAGGUGGUGGUUAUUCUCAUUUGGUUGGAGACAAUUUAUUAGUUAAUAAAGUCAAACUGCCUUCCUCGGGUACAAUAGCUAUUGCCGAGGGGGCUGUCAGCAUUGGACACGAGCCUUCUUCGGCAAAUGUUCAAUUACCAGCAACUUCUUCCUCUACAGCCUCUUCUGCCUCUUCCUCGUCCACACAAAUUUAUUUUGUUGGUUCUCAAGCAAAGAAACGUCAAUGCGUGGUUGGGGGCUCUAAUAAUAAUAAUUUUGAUGACGAGAAUGGAUCUUAUGUUUUGGUUUUACACGAUCAUAUUGCUUAUAGAUAUGAAAUUUUAAAAAUUAUUGGAAAAGGAAGUUUUGGACAGGUUAUUAAAGCUUUUGAUCACAAAUAUCAACAAGUAAUUAAUUAUUUUAAAUUAAAAAAAGGAAUAUUUAUUUUUAAGUAUGUUGCUUUAAAAAUUGUUAGAAAUGAGAAACGUUUUCAUCGUCAAGCAGAAGAAGAAGUUCGAAUUUUGGAUCAUUUAAAGAAACAGGAUGUUGAUGGUGUAUUUAAUGUUAUUCAUAUGUUGGAUCAUUUUACUUUUCGAAAUCACAAAUGUAUUACUUUUGAAUGUCUCAGUAUUAAUCUUUACGAAUUAAUAAAGAAAAAUAAAUUUCAAGGAUUUAGUUUGGCUCUUGUUCGUAAAUUUGCCCAUUCAAUUCUUCAAUGUUUAGAAUUAUUACAUUUAAAUCGUUUAAUUCAUUGUGACUUGAAACCAGAAAAUGUUUUGUUAAAAACUCCAAAUCGUUCCUCAAUAAAAGUUAUCGACUUUGGAUCUUCUUGUUUUGAUGAUCAACGGAUAUAUUCCUAUAUUCAAUCAAGAUUUUAUCGGGCGCCGGAAGUUAUUCUCGGUGCAAAAUAUGGAAUGCCAAUCGAUAUGUGGUCACUUGGAUGUAUUUUGGCUGAAUUACUUACCGGAUAUCCCCUCUUGCCAGGGGAGGAUGAAGGAGACCAAUUAGCCCUCAUAAUUGAAUUACUGGGAAUGCCUAGUUCCAAACUUUUGGAGGGUGGAAAAAGAACAAAAAACUUUUUUACUUCCAAAGGCCAUCCUCGUUAUUGUCAAGUAACACAAUUAAUGGAUGGAACUACUGUUUUAACUGGUGGGAGAUCUAAAAGAGGAAAAUUAAGAGGCCCUCCAGCAUCUAGAUCAAUGCAAAAUGCUUUAAAGAAUCAAGCAGAUGAACUUUUUUUGGAUUUUUUAAAGCAUUGUUUGGAUUGGGAUCCAGAUGCACGUUUAACACCGAUGCAAGCGCUCAAACAUCCUUGGUUACGUAGAAGGCUACCAAGAGCUCCAUUGGGUGGAAAUGGUGGGGGAAUUAUUUCUGGUAAUGGAAAUGGUUUAGAUAAUUCAUUAACUAUAAGUUCUGGAAUUUUAAAAUAA